AACUAGUUUUAAGUUCACCGGUUCCUUAUCCUCUCCUUCCCUUUUCUUCAUCUUCUUCUUCCUUUCCUAAUCACUCCUCCCACUUCACAAAAACAAUGGAGAAAAUUGUUUCAGCAUAAAUUUCUCUAGUGACAACAACAGCAUCAUAAAGAUACAAUGAGUACCACAGCCUCGCUAUGCGGUUUCGAUCCUUUUAAUGCCUCAAGAAAACAUUACAAUUUAAGGUGUCUCCAAUUGAGGUCAUUUGCAUCUCUAGAAAAUUUGAAUUUAGUCAGCAUUUGGAAGAGAAGUCAAUGCCGACACAAGAAGCACGGUAGCCGAUUCUACAAUAGAUUCAUUGUGUUUGCAGCUACUGAAGGUUCAGCAAAACCAAGCCAAUCAGAUGAGAAGAUCCCUUCAUGGGCUAGACCUGACUCCGAUGAGCCACCUCCUUGGGCUCGCGGCAAAGCCAAUGGAAGUCCUAAACCGGCAUUUGAGAUACCAUACUAUGCAUACUUACUUGCAUCAGCUAUAACUGCAAUAGCUGCGGUUGGUUCUAUAUUCGAGUACUCGAACCAAAAACCCGUAUUUGGGGUCGUGAAUUCUGAUAGUGUGUUUUAUGCACCAUUGCUCGGCUUUUUUGUCUUCACAGGAAUACCUGCAUCGGCUUUCUUGUGGUUCAAAUCUGUUCAAACUGCUAACAAGGAAGCCGAGGAGCAAGAUCGCCGAGAUGGCUACUUAUAGUUAACAGAAAUGCGGUAUGUGCACAGGACAUCCAAACAUGAAUUUUUCGAUCAAUUUGGAAUUUGAAUCUUUCCUGCAUAUAUGAUAUUUUUGUUGUUUACAACAUAUUGAAGGCUUUGCUGCCAAUUAAUGUAUUAAUCUUGUUGGAAAUGAGAAAUCAUUUUCAAGAAAAUUGAAUGGUAUCUGCAUGUUUCAGUUGUUUUGAUCAA